AUGCUUCUAAUUGAUUCACUAAGUGACAAGGUUGCCAAGGAUAUAGGUCUGGACCUUACGAGCGCAUAUAAAGAGGAGCACCUUAUUCCCUUAAAUUUGUUGAUAAUAGCGAGAUUUAGUCUACCAUCAAAAUUGGGUCUAAUUGGGAUAUUCCGGCUCUCCAGAAGACCAUCAAAAAGUAAGAAAGAGCUAGAGUUCAAGCUUGCUACCUCUAAAAGUUCUUCUUCUGAGCUCUCUUCUCAAGUGGAGAAGACAGUAGAGGAGAACAAGGCAUUUUCACUUAAAUUUUUUGAUCUCUCCACUGCUUUGAACAAGAAAGAGUCUGAGCUCUUCGAUGUCUUGAAAGAGAAAGUGUCUGAGCUUGCUAAUGCUAUCAAAGCUACUACUAGUGUAGCUAAUUACAAUCUGGAGUAUUAUGACAGUGGUUUUGAGGGCUUCAAUGCUCAAGCCGCUCGUGCAUUCCCGGAGCUUGAUUUCUCUAAAAUCCUAUCUAAGGACGAUCCUCCCUCGGCUAAUUAG